CACUUCUGCUCACAGCCGGCAGUCUCUGUCAGUACGAUGUACAGUAUGGUCCUUCUUCGAGAGAAAGGAGGCCACAAUGAAGAAGCGUCCUGCAGGAGAAGGUGGCCAAAAAUCUGCUGCUGCAAGGAGGAAUGACAAGCAGCCACCAGAACAAACAGGGCGUGGGGGAUCUUCCGGCCGACGGUCUUCGAAUGAAAGCAGCAACAACAUGGAUUCGAGCCAUAAUUUGGCUCAUCGACUACUUCUCAAGCAAAAGAUUGACGAGAGUCGCAGAAGGCUCAGUCAACGAAGCUUGAUGGGGAACAGUAGUCAGGGUCGUUUGGACAAUUCGUCGAACAACGCGCACUCUCGUAGACGUCCCGAUCAACCCCGAAAAGCCCCGUCUGAAGAAACAACGCAAACUGCCGAGAAACAACGGCAUGCAUCUUCGUCUGAAAUGUCGCCAAAGAAGAAAAUGGAGGACACGAAGGUGAAUCAAACUGAAGAUUACGUGGAGCAAACGGAGCCUCUAACGAGACAACCAACGUAUGAUGAUCCAGACAAAAUGAUAAAAAUGCUUGCGAAAAGGCAAAGGACACAAGAAUUGGGGAAUCAGGGGAAUGAGGAGGGAUUCAAUAAUGCCACACGAGAAAAUGUGUCCAGCAAACCCUUUGCUUCUACAGCCGUGAAAAAAAGUGUUCGAAUCAGUACUGUAAACCCAAGGGCGUUGUCUGUUGCCAACUACUUGACCCCAGAAGAGAGCAAACAGCUCAUGCAGUCCUGGGAUAGUAGUUUCGCGCAACCAGACCGAGGCGUACGAAAAGUGUUUGCCACGAAUGGGAAGAACCAGAUGGCAAAGCAGCAACAACUACAACCUACAAAAACUCAUCAUGCUCGAACACAGAGUCCACCUCGAAGAUUAACUCUGGAUGAUCCCGACGAAAUGGCAAAAAUGAUUGCCAAGCGACAAAUAAUGAAUGCCAGCACUGCCUCGAGAGAAGAAAUUGUGGAUCAACGCUCCAACAACAACAACCCAACAGUGUCUGGACAUCGUGCUGCCACAAAGAAUAACCGCGGAGAUGCAGGCACCACGCCGGGUGCCUACAAAGAAGCCCCCGGAGAGGCAAUGGUGCGCAAUAACGAUUUGAGAUUCUCCUUGCUGAAUCAUACAGCACCAACAUCAAUGCACAGCAACACUACGACUAGCAGCAGUGCCAUGAGUCGCAAGCCAUAUGCCGUUGGCUCCUCGUAUUCCUCGGUCCCUAGUUUGGAGAAAAUGGAGUCGGAACGAGAGCGCCUGGAGAUGCAAAAAGCUGUGGUGGAAACUUUGGGGCUAAACAAGUCCAUUAUUUCCAGCUCCAUGGCUUCAUCAGCCAGAAGAAGUGGACAGAACAACACUACUAGUCUUGAGACUUUCUUGGAUGAUGAUCCUUCCACCGAGGAAGCCCCUUCGGAUGAGUUUGCCGCAACACCUCAUCUGCAGUCAGUACCAGAAGGCGAGGGUGAUGGAAUGAACAAUACACCACAAGCUUCUUACACCCGUGAUGGUGUAUUGAUUGAAGCCACAUUGGUUCAAUCCAGACGGGAGAGUCGUACUGACGAAGUUUUUAUGGAAGCGACCCCUGCAAAAUCCUCGGAUUUGGCCUGUGCGUUUGUCAGGCAACCCAAAGGGAUGGCGGUAGUGGCUUUGGUGCUGGCCAGUAUGAUUGCCUUGAUUGUGGGCAUGUCGGCCGCCGCAAGAAGUGGCCGCGGCAGUGCUCCAGACAUUACUACUUCCAGCCCAUCUCAAUCUCCCACGCAAGCGCCGACGAUGGAGUUCACUUUGGAUGUUCUGCCUGAUUUUUCCUCACGAGCCAUCCAACUGAGCGAGGAAACACCCCAAUACAAAGCUUGGAACUGGAUCAACCAGGAUCCCUUCCUGAAUGAGUUGGAGCCAGAUCGUAAGCUUCACAGGUUUGCACUGGCGACACUCUACUAUUCAACCAAUGGUGAAGGCUGGAAACAAAACACCAAUUGGCUAUCUUACAAUCACAGCGAAUGUGAUUGGUUCACAACGGAUGGGCUUGGAAUGUGCAACACAGAUUCAGUGGUGACAGCAUUGGAGCUGGAACGAAAUUCUUUGAAAGGUUUCAUUCCAGCUGAACUAAUGCUUUUAAGCAGACUGGUACUUUUGGACUUACGAAACAACUUUUUGAAAUCAGUGAUUCCUCCCCAGCUGGGGAUGUUGUCGCAGGAUCUCCGUACUCUUCUCCUUUCCUCAAAUCAACUUGAAGGCACACUUCCCUCAGAAUUGUUCCUCCUUACAAAACUCUCGGAUCUCUACUUGUCAUCCAACAAGCUUCGAGGUACCAUUGGUACAUGGAUAGGACAAAUGAAAGAGCUCAGAACCUUGGCCUUGAGCACUCUUACGCUUGACGGCCCCAUUCCCAGUGAAAUGGGCCUCUUGACGCAACUAGGAGACAUAGACCUUAGCUUGAACGGGUUUUCGGGUGCGAUUCCGACCGAGUUGGGCGGCUGCAGCGCCCUAGUGUCGUUGGACUUGGAGGACAAUGGAGCUCUGGAAGUGGUUGUUUCUGAGCUGGGCUUGCUGCAAAACUUAACAGACUUGGACAUGAGUGGGUGCUCACUAAAAUCUCGUCUUCCCACAGAGCUUGGGCUUUUGUUGUCAUUGGAAUCGCUGCAGAUUCGCGAUGCGGAGCUGUUUGGGAGCAUCCCAUCAGAAUUGUUUCGACUCAGGUCAUUGAGGGCUAUUGAUUUGGCCAUUGGCCGGCUCACAGGCAGCAUUUCUUCGUUGUUCGGAGAACUGCAUCAGCUCAAGUCUUUGAAUUUGAAUGCAAACCUGUUCAGUGCCACCAUUCCAUCGGAGCUUGGCCUUCUGGACAUCGAAACAUUGUACCUGGCUUCAAACAGACUGUCAGGACCCAUUGUAUCGGAACUCUUUGGAAUGCAACACCUCACAGGGCUUUCUCUUGCAUUGAAUGCCAAGCUCAGUGGGUUUCUCCCAUCUGAGAUUGGCCUGACAACAUCACUGGAAUCCCUGGAUCUAAGCUUUCUGGAGGGCCUCCCUGGCAGCAUUCCGAAAGAAAUCGGAGCACUCUCCAACUUGCGGGUUUUAGAUUUGGGUUACAACGGGUUGUCAGGAUCAAUCCCACCACUUGGGCGAAUGAGCUCUUUGACACAUUUGUUCAUUCAGGGGAAUAACAUCACAGGACAGCUUGGUUGCACAAGAGAAUUUUCCGCGUUGUCAAAGCUUACAACGCUCUGGCUAGAUGAAAACAAGCUGACGGGGCUGUGUUCAGAGAUUGGAUUGCUUUCGUCCCUGACGGACUUGUCCUUACACUCCAACUCAUUGAAUGGAUCUUUGCCAUCCGAGAUUGGAAGGCUGGGGCAAUUGGUUAAUCUGGAUCUUUAUGAUUGUCCCUUGACUGGAACGCUGCCAUCUCAGAUGAAGAUGCUGACUCGACUUAAACAACUUUACCUUGGCAAAAGCAGCGUCCAGAAUACGCUGUCCAAUCUUCCCAGUGGUUUGAUGUAUCUUGUGAUCUCCAACAAUACAGUCACUGAAUCGAUUCCUAGUGAUGUUGGCUUGUUGACAAACAUGGAGUACAUUGACAUCACGUACAGUCCUUUCUAUGGACCUCUUCCCACCGCGAUUGGCCUAUUGACUGCCUUAACUUGGCUGUCAGUUUCGAAUACGCAAAUAUCGGGAUCAAUACCUUCAGAGUUAGCCCUGAUCAACAACUUGCAAUGGCUCUAUUUGAUGGACAACAAUCUCGAAGGGUCAGUUCCAGAGGAGCUCUUCCUGGAUCUGUCAAGUCUCACUACUCUAUCUCUCGAAGGCAAUCCUUUGACAGGUUCUAUCCCACCUUGGUUUUGUUCGCCAACUCGAUACAUUGACUGCGUGAACAUUUCCUGUUCAUGCUGUGAGUGCCUUGGCAGCCUCUAGUUUCAUGGCGCACGAUGGAGUAGCCAUAAAUGCUUGACUUUAUAAUUGGCAGAGGCAAGCUUGAUCAAGAGCUGCUACUAGCUAGCUAGAGAAACAUAAUACCGGUAUCUAAUCAUGCCUCAGCAGGCACUGCGGAUUCUACGAAGCCUUGCACAAGAUUCGAAAUCCUUUGCUUCAACACGGUACCGGUAUCUCACCGUCAAGCUCAGGUAUGCGACAAGGGAGCUCGCAGCGAGAUCAAUUCAUCAAUUCUAGCUAGCUACUCCUAGUGCAAGUUGCCAGUUGCCAGCACCCCCCCUACCUACCGGUACCGGUAGCCUACUACUACUAGUACAUUGUUUUCACAACCAACCCGCUUUGGUCAAGCCACGCAGCUGUUUCUCGCGGUACCGGUACCAUGCAGGAUCCGAGGCUGGGAAUAAAAGAUUUUCGACAAACUGCACAGCGCGUGAUAGAUAGCCGCAACAGGAAAAGCACAACACACUUACU